CACAUUUAUUGACAUUAAUGCAACACAGGUUGUGCAUGAUCAUUAUUGCAUAAAAGUAGUAUUUGAACAGAUUUAUGUUAAAGGAAGUUAAUGACUUUAAAUUCAUAGCAUACAUUUAUUCUGGAAACUAAGUAACAGUGAAGGAUUUUAAACCUAGUGAUAGUAUUGCACUCAGCUGGAUUUACUACAAAGUAGAAUGUCGGCCAUUUUUGUUGUCAUGUGAAACUAGGUCAAUCUUGUUUACAUGCUUAGCACAUAAACAGCUGAACUGUAACUGUACUGAGUUUGAUACUGAUUAAACUCUCAAAUUAAUAUAGCUAUUUGCAAGGGAGUUUAAAUGAACAAAAUAUUUACAAUAAUUUGUGUUGAGUUGAAAUGACAGGUCAAUAUUAAUGCACAUGUGAAUUGGGGGAAAAUAGGUCAAACUUGUUUUGGUUUUAUUUUUGGUUUGCAGAAAUUUCUGCUUUCUGUUUCACAUCUCCAGAUAAGGAAGUUUUUCAUAUGAUGUAUUACUACGCACUUUAUGUUAACAUAUUUAACUGAUAAGAUAAUUCGAUCUUGUGUAAACAAGUUGUGAAGGAGGAAUAUAAAAAUUAUGUUUAACUAUCAAGGUAACAUUUAUCACCAGGUGGUGGAUACCUGGAAUAGAAUAAAUGUAUCAACCUCAGGUCUGUCAAGACCUUUUACUAGAGCUGUUGACGGGUUAAACAUGGCUGCCAGUUCGGCUUAUUACACCCUGCCAUCGUUUAUGCAGACGGGACUAUAUGAUUUUUAUCGAGAAUGGGAAAUGUUUUAUGUUGACACAUAUAAAUGGAUUCAUCCAAAACUUACUGAACUAAGUAAUACGGCUCUUCACUACAGCACAGGUGUUUCUGUUGGCGUUAUUGCAUCUGUUCUAAUCCUGGUAUUCAUAAUCUCACGCCUUUUACCGUCGAGAUUGAAGAAUCUGGGAUAUCUUUUAAUGUUUUUUGGUGGCUCGGCCUCACUAUGGAUUCUCACAACAUUUACCAGCAUAUUGAACAACCCGAUGGCGGACACAGUUGUAGAAAAUUGGCAGUAUGUGUUAGGUUAUAUUGUGACAGCGGGAGUGUUGAGUUUUGCUAUAGUAUAUAGAUACGGACCAGUGACAGACGAGAGAUCGUUAAGUUUGAUACAAUGGUUUUUACAAUUACUGGGACUCGUGCUUGUUUAUAAUAGUACACAGAUACGUGAAGUUUCUAUAGCAUUGAUUAUUAUACUGCUGACUAUUUAUAACUUUCCGAGGAGACUUAUAUUGAAUGAAAGAAGCAAAAACUGGUGGUACAGGUUAUUCCCCCCUAAAAUAAAGCUUCUAACUGAAGACGAGUACAUCAUUCAGGGAAAUAUAGAGACAAAGAGAGAACUUGAUAAGCUUCGAGAAUACUGCAGGAGUCCAGAAUGUCAAGCAUGGAAAAUGAUUAGCAAGCUUAAAAGUCCACAAAGAUUUGCAGAUUUUGUGGAGGGAAAUUCGUGGCAUGUAACUAACGAGGAGCUGCUGGAGUAUGACUCGGGUCCUGAUCCUACACCACCCCAUCUACUGAGUGACGAUGAUGACCUCGAGGAGGAAGAGAUGGAUUUUAUUUUGAGCUCACCAUGAAACAAGUGGCAAAGUUGUCUUCUAGUCCCAUUUCAGCAAGAUGCAAUAUUUUGUACUUUCACCAUAUUAGGUGGCAUUAUAACAAUAACUGACGAGAAGAUAACAUCUGUAGUGUUUGAUCUCCUUAUUUUAUAUAAAGAUGAAAAAAAAUAACUCUACUUUAUGACUAUAGAUAUGUUAUCUAAGGUUUGAUGUUGUUUUUUUUAAGGGAACAAAAAAUGCUAGACAGAUUUCAUGGAUCGUACAUAAGAACAAAAAAUAAGGUUUAUCCGUCCAAACAUCAAUGAAGCAAAACAUUGAGUGAGUCAAAAGAGUUCUUGCCUCUGUCUUGUUACACUAUACAGACUAUUUACAUGAAGCUAUAAGCCAAACAUUCUUUGUUUUCUUUUGCAGUUCAAAUAUUUGUGUAAUGAGAAUUUAGGAGAUUUUUCUCUGUAGAAGGCAAACAUCACAGUAAUAAUAUAUGACAAAAGUAAUUUUAUAACACUAGUGCUGCUUUUGUGCCUCCCUAAAAACUGCACAGCCAUGAAUAAAUUUUCAUGUGAUUUCAUUUGGGUUAUACAAACAUAGCAUGAAGAAAUGAGCCAGGUCACAACAAAAUCAACAUAAUUGGUGUGCGACCAGUAUGGAUCCAGACAAGCCUGCGCAUCUGUGCAGUCUGAUCAGGAUCCAUGCUGUUCGCUAUUAGUUUCUCUACUUGUUUAAUAGAGUUGGUAAGCGAACAGCAUGGAUCCUAAUCAGACUGUGCGGAUACGCAGGCUGGUCUGGAUCCAUGCUGGUUGCAAACCCAUUGUGUUUGGUUUUGUCAUGACACGGCUCAAAUGUUAAAUGUUAGCCUUUAAACAUGUCAAACCAAAAGAAUGUCCUUUUUUUACUGCAAAUACUUAGUCUUUAUUUUAGAUAUGUGAUAAAUAGAAUAUUAAAUUUGUGUAGGUUCAAUACAGGAGUUAUUAAACUGGUUCAAUAAAAUAAAAUAAUGCUGGCUAAAGGCUCGUAUGUUGAAAGUUUUAUAUUUUACUUGUUCAAUAAAUUCAGUAUUGAACCUACAUUAAUUCAUUUAAUAUACUCAUAUAAAUUUGAUUGCUAUCGCUCAUUGGUUUUUGUAGAAUAAUUUAUUUGAAUAUAGGAAAUAACAUUGGAAACUAAAAAAAGAAAUAUUAUUAAGCAUUUCUUCCAUAGAAUAUCUUAUUGAUUCUCCUGUUGAAAUAUUUAUGGUGUUUGAGAUAUAUUAUUAGUUAUAAGGAUUUUGAAAGGUUAUAAAGCCCUAUAUAAAAGUUUGUUUGCAUAUAUUUAAUCUGAGCCUCUAGGUGAGGUAAUAUUGCAAAGGACUGUUUAUAUACGGUCAUAUAACCAGGCUGUGAAGAAUCUUUAUAACAAAUUUAUAAUACAGCAAACUUAUUUAAGUACAGAAAGAAAAAAAAUGAUAAUACUUCAUAAAUAGACAAUAGCCUUGCCUAUAUAAAUGUCAUAGUUAUCCGAAAUAAUAAAAUACAAUGAUAAAUGCAUUAUGGGAGUCUGAUGUUUAUUAAUGAGCCGUGUCACAACAAAACCAACGUAAUGCAUUUGCGACCAGCAUGGAUCAGCACCAGCCUGUGCAUCCGCGUAGUCUGAUCAGGAUCCAUGCUGUUCGCUUACCAACUCUAUUACAAGUAGAGAAACUGAUAGCGAACAGCAUGGAUCCUGAUCAGACAGUGCGGAUGUGUUGGCUGGUCUGGAUCAAUGCUGGUUGCAAACACACUAGUUGGUUUUGUCAUGACAGGACUCAUUUGUAGAUGCAGCUGUGUUAAGACAAUUUUUAAACAAAAUGUAGGACUAGUAUUAACACUGUAAAACUGAUAAAUAAAUGGCAUAGUGGCAUUUGAUACUGGGGCUGUUAAAAGGAAGAACAAUACCAUUUGUUAUACCAAACAUUGCAUGAUGUUUAAUUUUUACCAGUCAUAUAUAUUCUUUAACUAUGUUUAAUUGGAUUUAAAGAUUUGUAAAUUUUGAUCCUAAACUUUUUGAAUUUAUAUAAUGGAAUUGGUCAGCUUUGAAUCUCGAAGUUUUAAAGAUUUCAGUAGAGAUAACAACAGUAUAAAGCCUUACCAGGCAAUAUUAAUGCUCUAUUCUAGUGGCAAAGGCUAAUUUAUUUUUCUGGCAGGUUAAGGGUUAACAAUGUAAGUAUAGACUAUCAUAUGAUACACUGUAAUAUAUAUGUUCUUUUAACAGUAAAAAGAACUUUUUGUAAAUUGUAGCUAACCCCCUAGGCUAUUUAUUGUUUUAUCUUGUCUUUUCUAUCUGAUUUUUAUGUGCUGUGUAUAUUUUUUUUUGUGUUGUAAAAAGUUGAAGUAGAAAUAACAGUAUUGGUUGUUUAAUUUUUAAUAUAAGCUCUACAAUGAUGGUUGGAAAGUGUUUUAUAAUUUAAUCAUGAUGUAUGGUUGCUAAAUUCACUAUUUUCUUGCUGCUUAAAUAUCCACGUGACUGACAUGUUGUUAAACUUCAUUGAAUGAUUAUUUGUAUAACUGUUGUUUUGAAGGUCACUGUGCAAUAUAAAAGAAAAAACAAGUAACUGGAACCAUUGUAUGAUCAAAUAGGGGAAACUAUCCAAGUCUGAGUUAUAUUACUGUAUAGAAUGAUCACGCUCAGCUUUAAUACCUGUUAAUUAUCAUUUUGUAAGGAUUGAAUGAAGUUCAAGGUCAUGGUGCCAAGACCAGCUAUUGUAACUUAGCCUAUAAGGAUGAAAUAAAGGUCAAGGGCAUAGUGACCCAGACACAUGAAUUUGGCUUUGUUAAUAAUUAUUCAAGGCACCAAACAGUAAAAAGAUGAAGGGUUUACAUGGCCCAGUGGUUACCGUUUUUGCCUCAAAAUUACUUAACCCUCAUUGCUGUGGGUUUGAGUCCCAACAGGGACUUUGGAUUCUUUCAUGUGUAGAAGCUAUCCAGCUGGUUUAUGGAAUGUUUGUGGUUCUACCCGUGCCAGUGUGUGCCUGAAAUAUAGCACAGGAGGGCACCAUAUGUCUUCCUCAACCAGUAAACCUUGUUAGUCCCCCAUAUGACAAAGUUUAAUUCGAAAGUUUCCUAACUUAGUGUGUUUACUUUUUACCAAAAGAAUCUGAUAAUUCCUGUACAUGAUGAAUAAAAGAAAAUUUUUAACCUAUUUUGAACUUUGCAAUUAGAUACAUUUGUACUGCAGUACCACACAACACAACUGAAUUUCAUCACUUUACCUUCUCUUUUUUAACUCCAAAUAUGAAAUGAAAAUCCAGUCCAUGUAUUAUUUUAAAUGGCUUGACUACUCUGUUUUAUAUAUUACCUUCUUCUGAAGAAUGGCAUGUGUAGGACUUGAUUAUUGAUAUUUCUUGUUCUUAAUUUAUACUCUUUACAGAUAUUUGUACCACUAGGUUAGGGUAAGACUAUAAGGGGCUGUUGAACUGGUUCACUGUAUUAUACAAAAUAAUAGUGCAUUACUUUUUAUAGCCGAAUAAUACUUAACAAAAUUUUCCAUUGUGUUUUAUUUAUUGGUAUUACUCCAGAAAACAUGAUUUGCUGUAAGUUGCAGCUUCCAAAAAUUGUAUCGCAUAACUCCCUGAAGACUAACACCUAAUAGGUAUAUUGUGUUUCUCUGAAAUUUGGAAAAUAUUACUGCAUAUACAUUACUAUUAAAAAGAUGUUAUAUAUAUUCUUAAAUUUACAUUUCUAAGAUUUUUACCACGGUUUCAUUAUUUAAUUAGUAAAAUGUAUUUUUGUAAGUUAUGUUAUAUAUUUAGUUAUAUAUCAUACUUUCCACAUCAUUGUCAUCAUUUGUCAUUAAGGUUAUUAUUCAUUAUGUUUUAUCACAAUUAAACCAUGAGAGUUUUAAA